AUUCCCUCGUCUUGCACCAUCCAUCGGACUCCCUUUUGCGCUCACACACCCCCGUGCUUCCCCAAAAUCCCGAACGCGUCCCUCGCCCGCACGCGGCAAGGAGGACGGAGGCGCGAGCGCGACUACGCGGACCCCUCGAGGGCGAGCAAGCGGCAACAGAAAACAGCCAGGCACCGGCGGCCGGCAGCGAGGUUCGGGCUCUGCUCCCACGGCGGACCGGGGAGAGGGCGUAGCCGAUCGUGCGCGCCAUUGGGGCCGUGCGGGAAAAAGGGGAACGCGCGCCGUGUUAACCCGUUCCGGGGCGCGUGGCCCUCCUGUGAUUUGGGCGGCCGCUGCUGCUUCCCUUCGUCGUCCUCGCCGUGAUGGAGGCCGGCUACUGCAACAGCAAGAAGACAGACGGCAUCUGCGAGGGCGUCUGCGACGGCGAGCAUGGUUCAAAGUCAGUUCUGAGCAUGUCAAGGCUGAAGUGCGCCCUGCGGGGUUUUGACUUGAAGGCUCUCUUGAUCUUCUUGAUUGGUGUGCCGAUAUUAAUCUUCGUCAUAUACGUGCAUGGCCAGAAGGUCACUUACUUCCUCCGACCGAUCUGGGAAAAGCCCCCAAAGCCAUUCACAGUACUUCCUCACUACUAUCACGAGAAUGUCUCCAUGGCAAACCUCUGCAAGUUGCAUGGAUGGAAAGUUCGAGAGACUCCACGCCGUGUCUUUGAUGCUGUGCUCUUCAGCAAUGAGCUCGACAUUCUUGAUAUCCGUUGGCAUGAGCUUAGCCCGUAUGUCUCAGAAUUUGUUCUGCUCGAGUCCAACUCAACCUUCACUGGCAUAAAGAAGGAUCUUCACUUCAAGGAAAGCCGCCAACGGUUUGCAUUUGCUGAGUCGCGGUUGACGUACGGUAUGAUAGGGGGAAGGUUCGUGAAGGGAGAGAACCCAUUUGUUGAGGAGUCAUAUCAAAGGGUUGCUCUCGACCAGCUUAUAAAGAUUGCAGGCAUCACAGAUGAUGACCUGUUGAUCAUGUCUGAUGUUGAUGAGAUCCCAAGUGGACAUACGAUCAACCUCUUGAGAUGGUGUGAUGAUAUUCCCGAGAUACUUCAUCUCCAGCUCAGGAACUACCUCUACUCAUUUCAAUUUUUUCUUGAUGACAAGAGUUGGAGAGCUUCAGUACACAGAUACCGGGCUGGAAAGACAAGGUAUGCACAUUUCCGGCAAACAGAUGACCUUCUGGCUGAUUCAGGGUGGCACUGCAGCUUUUGCUUUCGCUACAUUAAUGAUUUUAUCUUCAAGAUGAAAGCUUACAGCCAUGUUGAUCGGAUUAGAUUCAAGUACUUCCUAAACCCGAAAAGAAUUCAGCAUGUAAUAUGCCAAGGGGCUGAUCUUUUCGACAUGCUUCCUGAAGAAUACACAUUCCAAGAAAUCAUUGCCAAGCUGGGGCCUAUUCCGAGUACAUACUCUGCUGUUCAUCUUCCUGCUUAUCUGCUGGAGCAAGUGGAUCGGUACAGAUAUCUUCUUCCUGGCAACUGCAGGAGAGAAAGUGGCUAGGCACUAGCUGUGGUUUGCAUCAUGACCUGAGGCGCAUGGACGUCGCUGAUGUCCCCUUGGAGGAACGCCCUGCCGUGGCGGGGUUGUAUCUGAUACGAUUGGCUGACUUAGUUGAGUGAUCGCUUGGCUGUUGGUUGAGUUCAUGAUUUUGUACCGUGUAAUCAAACCUUGAAAGUCCUGACAGCAGCAUAGCGCAUGCUUGAUCGCUGCGUUCUUGUUUUGCAGAGGAGCUCAGCAGUGUAUGUGCUUAUUUAUACCACCUGAGUUUUAUCCAUUGCUUCCAUGAUUGAUAUAUGAACUCAGAAACUAUUGUAGAUUUCAUACUGAA